AUGGCCGACUUCGAAGCUCCUUCUUUCUCUCUCGGGCUCGACCUCGAUGCCGACACGGAGCCCCGGUCACCUACCGUGGACCACCCCGAACCCCUCUUAGCCCCAGAUUCUUCGGCGAGCUUCGGUGCCACCAAAGACGGCGAAGACGAGCUCGGGCCUGAGCAAGAAGUCAUGGACUCGGAUCCGGAUACCCGGCCGGAGCCUACUCGUGUGUUAAAGCGGUUGCGUCGGGCCGGCGAUAAAUCUUCGGCGACGAAGAAAGAAUCAGAGAAGCCGUUGGCUUGGAAUGAUGGGGAUGAUGAGAUUGAAGAGUUCUGUUCUUCACAGGAAAACAAAGAUGUGGAUUCAUCAACACAAAACCAUUCUGUAUGUGGCAGUUCCAAGAUUUCAUUGAAGGGACUUGGGGUUUUGACCACUCAAUCAUCAGGCCAGUGUAGUUCAAGGAAAAGGGAACAAGCUUCAGAUGCCCCAGCUUCUGCAAGUUUAGAGGCCAGACAUGGUGGGUUGACAUUUCCGUGGUUAACGAUCAGUCCUCUUCGAAGAUUCAAGUUACUUGACUCUGAUUCCGAUGGUUCUGAAGGUCCUUCUGACUGUGAGGAUAAAAGCAAAGGAGCUCAUAAACUUGAUCCACCAUCAAAGGAACAACAGUCUACAGUUAGUGAUAACAAGAGAAAGGCAUCAGUUGUCACACCUCAGAAUGAGGAUUUAUGGAAAGAUUUCACUCCAAUUAAUACUUCUCAUAUUCCAACACCUGCUUUUGAUGAGGUCUUUAAAGAAUAUUUUCAAUCUGUGAAGGAUAUGAAUGCAGCUCAGAAGCUUGAGAACCAAAAGUUUGAGGAACUCUUGAAUUUGGAUGACCCCUUGCCUCCAGCACAUUGCUACUUUUUCCAUGAUGAUCCAAGAAUCCAGAAAUUAGUCCGCACUCGCUUACCCUUCUUCUCCCCAUUGCACAUGGUCAAGAACAGAGGAAAUCAACAACGUAAUGUGUCAGUUAUUGAUUACAUGAGUCAAUUCAGCAAUGAAGAAUCUUCUAAACAGAGAGGAUCUCAAAAAGGUGGUGGCAAGAACUGUUCAACAAGUAGAAGAAAUAAAUCAAAAAAAUCAAAUGCUGAAGAAACUGCUUCUGAAGGCUGGGUAGAUCUGAAAAGCGGUGCAGCUAUUCCAAGGAAUGCUGGGAAGAGAAGGGUUCAUGCUAGUGAUCAACCUGCUGGUCACUGGUACACAUCUCCAGAGGGAAGGAAGGUUUAUGUCUCAAGAAGUGGACAAGAAUUAUCGGGUCAAAUGGCCUAUAGGCAUUAUCGGAAGGAGAGUGUAGCUGGCUUUAGGAAGUCCAAAAAGAAAAGCAAUGGCAAGAAGAAAAAAUGAUGGUCAAUGCCUUCGUAUGUGCCAAUGUAUUUCCCUUUUGGUCUUUUUGUUUGUGCUGUGAAUGUUGUAA